AUGGCAGUUACGAUUGAACAAAUAAAGAAAAUGUUUAAAAAAAUGUUUAAGGAGUUUAAGAAGGAAAUAGGAGAUAUGAUUAAACAGCAAGAAAAAAACGUUUUAAACAUAAUAAGUUUGAGCACAAAAAUUUUAUACGUUGAAUUGCGUAUCAAUGAAAAUAGUAAGCAAAUAAAAUUGAUAGAAAAAGAAAUUGAAGAUAUUAAAGUGAGUUUAAACUUUCAUGAACAACUCAUUGAAGAAAAAAUUCGAAGCGUCAUUACUUUACGGGAUAAAUGUAAUACAAUAAACGUUACCCAAAACAAUGAGUCUGCAUUUUCUAAAAUUACCAACAAAUUAAGAGAAAAAGAGGAUCGAUCCCGGCGGAAUAAUCUGAGAAUCGACGGAAUUAAAGAAAGCGAAGGUGAAAGUUGGAAUGACAGUGAAACAAAGCUUCUAGACUUUAAAGAUACAGUAAAUAUUUUAAAAAAAUCCCCUAACCUAAAAGGAAAAAUUAUCUAUAUAAAUGAAGAUUUCUGCGCUGAGACAUUGCAAAUUAGGAAGGUGCUGAGAGAACAAAUGAAAAUGGAACGAGCGGCAGGAAAAUUUGCAAGUAUUUCAUACGAUAAACUUAAGAAAAGUAUAAAUGUAUAA